AUGGAUUCUAAAAUAGAUCAUUUAACUAUGGGCCAGAGAGAAAUCUUCCUGACCAAUGACACGUUAAUGCUCAAAAUAAAAAGAACUACUACAGAAGAAGAUGCUGGAAUAUAUUGGAUGGAGUUCAAUAAAAUCCUUGUGGGACAGAAUGCUUCGUCGAUUUCAGGCGGAACAAAAGAUAACUAUACUUCAAUCUUAAAACUAGAAUGUCACAAUGUUUCAACCAGUAUAAGAGAUUGUCAACUGGUCAAUAACUCUAUGUAUAUAAUGUGGUAUAAAAAUGGAAUGAGAAUGACUGAAUUAGAUCCAACUUUAUCUCAAAUUAACGUGACUGUAGACCAUAAUGGUGGAAACUUUACGUGUAAAGCUACAGAAUAUUUCCCGGGAAAUGAAGGACUACAGACCACAACACCUUAUCCCUAUGAUGCACCCACUGAUGUGAAACUAGAGCCAAAUCAAAGGGAGAUAACUGUAACUACAGAUGGACCCAGUGAUGUAAAACUAGAGCCACAUAAAAGGGAGACAACUGUAACUACAGAAACUGAAAUGAUGAAUAAUGUGAUUGUUGCUGCUAUAGCUGUUAUUGUUGUUGCUAUUAUUAUAGCGGUUAUUGUAGUUGUUAUAACGGUUAUCAUUUACAAUAAAUAUAAAAAGAAGAAACACUAUAGAGUGAUUUACUGGAGAAGAACAGAAUAUGAGGAGCCAGAAGAUAUUGUAUAUGCUGAAUUAGACUUAAAUACUCCAGAUUGGUAUAAAAUUUAUGGCAUCAAACCAGAAUCUGAAGUUGAGUAUAGUACAAUAGACUUUGCCAAGAAAGCGCCAAAGAUACCCCGAAAUAUGGAACUGGAUUCUGAUGACGAAGACCAGCUCCAUUGA